AUGGCCUUGCAGCCUCUAGGUGAAGCUGUACCUCAGGACAAAGGGUUCUACCUUUCCGAGAGGCUCCAAAACAACCCUCAACAAUUGGCCGCCUGCUACUUGCCCUUCUCGCCCUUUGGCCCCUACUUGGACGCCCUCACCGCCGCGGAGGAAAGUUUCUCACCUUUCAGGCACCUAGAGGCCGCGCUGCCUGCGCCCCCGGGGCUGUGCCCCUUCCCCUUCCAGGCCGCGCCUCCCUUGCUGAGCCCUGAACUGACCCUGCCAAAUGAGCCGCUCUACGAUCUGGCCUGGUACAGCAAGCUGCUUCCGUGGUACCCGGCUCCCUACCUCCCCAGGGAGGUGCCACAUUUAUUCAGUAGCGGCCUCCAGUGCACCGGCACCGGCCGCGAGGACUUGGACCGCACCAGUGAUCCUAGCGACAAAGAAACUUUAAUUCAGUCGCCCCCUGUGGAUGGCCCCCCACUCCUUGAGAUGCAGAAGACCUCUUCUCAGCAGUUAUGUAACUCUCCCAGCAAGGGGUCUGAGGAUGAAGCCAAACUCCAGAACCAAGAAGGGCAUUCCUCUCAUCCUUAUCGCUUCACCCAGGAGGACUUGAAUUUAGUGCUUUAUGGGGUCAUUCCCAGUCUGGAGCGCCCUGCUGGCCCGAAACAUGCGAUUUCUGGCCUCAGAGUCCCCACCGACAGCUCUGGACUUGACUCUCUUCCUCAAACUCUGCAUGAAGACACACUGAAAUUACCAGAAGGUCUCUGCUUUAGACAGACCAAGUUUGGUGGAGUCCCACAUGUUGGUGUGUUCUGCAGUAAUAUCAUUGCCAAAGGAGUUCGGUUUGGGCCGUUUCAGGGUAAAGUGGUCCACAUCAGUGAAGUCAAGAGCUAUGGAGACAAUUCUCUGUGGGAGAUCUUUGAAGAUGGUCAUCUGAGCUACUUUAUAGAUGGGAAAGGAGGUGCUGGAAACUGGAUGUCCUAUGUCAACUGUGCCCGUUUCCCCAAAGAGCAGAACCUAGUUGUGGUGCAAUGUCAAGGGCAGAUAUUUUAUGAGAGCUACAAGGAGAUAUACCAGAACCAAGAACUCCUGGUGUGGUAUGGAGAUGGCUAUGAGAAGUUUUUGGACAUUCCAGUGAGUCUCCAGGUCACAGAGCAGGGCAAGCAGGCAUCUGACCCCUCUGAAGAGUCUACAGAAGGUUACAGAUGUGAAAGAUGUGGAAAAUUAUUCACCUACAAAUAUUACAGAGAUAAGCACCUCAAGUACACUCCCUGUGUGGAUAAGGGUGAUAGGAAGUUUCCCUGUACUCUCUGCAGUCGAUCCUUUGAGAAGCGUGACCGGCUCCGAAUUCAUAUUCUUCAUGUUCAUGAGAAGCACCGACCUCACAAGUGUUCUACGUGUGGGAAAAGUUUCUCUCAGUCUUCUAGCUUAAACAAACACUUAAGAGUCCACUCUGGAGAGAGACCUUACCAGUGUGUAUAUUGUACAAAAAAGUUCACUGCCUCCAGUAUUCUCCGCACACACAUCAGGCAACACUCUGGGGAGAAACCUUUCAAAUGCAAGCACUGUGGUAAAUCUUUUGCAUCUCAUGCUGCUCAUGACAGCCAUGUCCGACGCUCUCACAAGGAGGACGAGGACUGUUACUGCAGCAUCUGUGGGAAAACCUUUCCCGAUGAAGUGUUCUCCCACAGGAAGUCACAUGAGGACUGCGUAACAGCUCCGAAAGUUUGA